UCACUGGCAGCCGCGCCGGGGUCACCGCCUCACCCCUGCAGAUGACGAGCUUUACCAGAAGACAAUCCUGAAGGUGCUGGAGCGGGACUCCUCCAGCAUGAUGUUCAUAGACAGCUACACCAGCCGGGGCUUCACCAUCAAUGGGGACAAGGUGGUGGGGCCCUGUGCCAUCAUCCCACGUGCCAUCCUGCAGUGGAAUGUUGGCUCUUACCAGGACAUCACCAAGGAGAGCCUGGUGCUGUUCCGGCUGCUGGAGCCGAGAAUAGAAAUCCUGGUGCUGGGCGUAGGGGACAAGGUGGAGCGGCUGGAGCCUGGUGUCCUGAAGUUCAUGAGGGAAUGUGGGAUCGCUGUGGAGGUGCAGGACACGCCUAAUGCUUGCGCAACAUUCAACUUCCUGGCCAGCGAGCAGCGGGCGACCGCUGCUGCCCUCAUCCCCCCUGGAGCUGGCAGAGCCCUGAUGUAGCAGCUGAGCCCAGCUGCCCUGGGGACUCACACCCAGCCUGUGUACAAAGGGUUAAAUAGCUCCCAGGGCCUGGAACUGGACCAUGAGCUGGUAACAGGAAGGAGAAAAGGCUUCAGAAUAAAGCGUGAGCAGCUGCCCUGCAUGCAGCCUUGAAAG